GUCAAAACGUUAUGGCAAGCAGAAUUUAAUUGCAGUCAAUACAUUCCAGCGUCAAUCGAAUAACAAAUCGCAACGCAAAGAGACGCAAUAAUUGAAAAUGUUGUUCCAUCUAGUGCUCGUAGCGUUCGUCGCUAUCGGCCAGACGAGUGCGGCAAAGGCCGGCUUUGGCAAGAAGUAUGCACUGUCGUCGAAAUUCAUCGAAGAAAUCAACACCAAGGCUACUACAUGGCGUGCGGGGUACAAUUUCCACCCGGACACUUCCCUCACGUACAUUCGCGGCCUGAUGGGCGUUCACCCGGAUGCGGACAAAUUUCGUGAGCCCGAACUACUGCACGAGCUAAACGACGGGGACGAUCUGCCGGAAAACUUUGACGCACGCGAACAGUGGCCAAACUGUCCUACCAUUCGCGAAAUCCGCGAUCAAGGUUCGUGCGGUUCGUGCUGGGCGUUCGGUGCUGUUGAGGCUAUGUCGGACCGUGUUUGUAUUGCGUCGGGCGGUAAAGUUCAUUUCCGUUUUUCGGCCGAAGAUCUCGUUUCGUGCUGUCACACGUGCGGGUUCGGUUGCAAUGGAGGAUUCCCAGGUGCGGCAUGGAGCUACUGGGUGCACAAGGGAUUGGUCAGCGGUGGGCCGUUCGGAUCGAACAUGGGCUGCCAGCCGUACGCCAUUGCACCGUGCGAACAUCACGUCAACGGGACGCGCCCGUCGUGUGAGGGUGAAGGGGGCAAAACUCCCAAAUGCUUGAAAAAAUGCCAGGACAGCUAUAAUGUGCCGUACCAGAAGGAUAAACGGUACGGCGCACGAUCGUACUCGAUCGCACGCCACGAGGAACAGAUUCAGAAGGAAAUCAUGACCAAUGGACCGGUCGAGGGUGCGUUUACUGUGUACGAAGAUUUGCUUCACUAUAAGGAGGGCGUUUAUCAGCAUGUGACGGGCAAAAUGCUUGGUGGCCACGCGAUUCGCAUACUGGGAUGGGGCGUUGAGAAUGACACAAAGUAUUGGCUUAUUGCCAACUCGUGGAACAGUGACUGGGGUGAUAAUGGUUUCUUCAAGAUUCUCCGAGGUGAGGAUCAUCUCGGCAUCGAAAGUUCCAUUUCGGCUGGGUUGCCCAAGCUUUAAA